AUGUGCGUUAUCCCGUACCCAGAGGAAUUGGAGCAUGAAGAGGAGCAGCCUCAAUUUUCAGAUGAUCCUCAAUCAAAACAAGAUCCCGAAUCAAAACAAGAAUCAGUGAGUGCAGUUCAAGUAAAAAAUCUUCAUAGAGAUGGAUUGAAAAUAUUUCAAACAACUAAAUGUUCUCCUCGAGAAUUCUUGGAGUUUUACAUCUUCCCAGUGCUCUUACCAGGACUGGCUGCACUUCUGUAUGAAGUAGAGAAGGAGAAGUGUUUAGAGGGAAAAAGAACCAAAUUCAUACCCACUGAUUUCCUAACUGAGUGGUUAUACAACAAGAAUCCAAAGAGGAAAGAUGAGUCAUUCACAGAAUUGUUUUCCAUUCCUUUUGUUAAGGACUGGCUAAAGGACCAUCCUAGACCACCAGUUCCUCUAUCUCUGCUUCUGUCAGAAGAAGAAGCAAGCAUACUAAUCCAGUCCUUCUGGAGAGGUUAUCGGGUUCGUUGUGAUAGCGAAAUACAAGAGCUCCGUCAGUGGCAAAAGAAGCUGAGAGAGGAGAGGUACAUUAAUGAGGUGGUGAGAAAAUUCUGGGCUAAACAGGAAGCCAAAGUGGGAAGCAAAUCAGAAGAGCUGGACUAACGCACACAAAAUCAUUCAACAUCUCAAUUUUAGUUUCGUCACUAAAAUAGCAAAGCACAGAGCUCAUGGACUUUGUGAUACUGAUUUAGAAACCCUUUUAGCAUUAAAGUUUUACAUGUGAGGCAUUGUAAAUCAAAGGCAGGUUAUGUAAGGACCCAGCAUGCCAAGACAAAAUUCAGUCUUAGUCUAAGAGAGCACAGUCCUGUUAAAACAGAUGGAAUGGUGCACAUCUAGCCAAAAAUGUUGAAUCUGUAUUUAUCUUGUGUUCCUGAAUGCUCACUUCAACCCUUUUCUGACAGGAACAAAACUCUGGAUGAAAUUAAAUGGGGUUUUAUCCAUAUGGAGGCAAGUGUUAAAUCUUCAUUUAUCAUAAAUUGGAGCUCUCUGACUCCUGCAGAGCUAUGACAAUUUACACAAACCCAAGCUGCUCAGAAUGGUCUAAUUUGCAGAAAUGCUGUGCCCCUGCAAUUCCAGUGGAAGGCAAUGAGAGCUGGGGGUGCUCUGCAUUUCUGCAGGGGAGAAAAGUCAAAGGCCCUUUUGUUACCACUUAGCACAUGUGCUGGGAAAGUGUAGAAUUAAGAUCACAGUGUCAGCAUUUUCAGCAAUCUUAUGCAGGCUACUUACUUUUAUCAGGUCCAAGCACAGUAAAAUCAGAUUGGGCCCCUUGCUAAGGAAUCUUUAUUAUUUUUUUAACUUAGUCCUGUCAAGAACAGUCCUAUUUAUGCCUUUUUAAUUUCACAAUUAGAGAAGAUAGCAGUAAAACUACAAAUAAUUCCAUGCAAGUCAAAGGUGUAGUUGUUUUGACUGAACACCUAAUAAAACAUGGGUGGUCUCCAGCACUUGCUGUGGGUCCACAUGGAUUUCUUCCUUCAGUUGCACAGACUUUGUCUUCACUGUUACACCAGUACCCACCCCUUGGGUUUUCUCCUGGUUGGUGAUGAUGGUUCUUACACCAGCUCUGGAAAAUCAAACCAUUUGAAGAAAAAAACUCUCAUUCUGCACUCUUCAAACCCAGCUGAAUUCUUCUGUCCUUUCCUUUUCACAAGCAAUUGAACCAGAACAGGAAACUGCUGAGCCAACAGGGGGAAAAGUAUCCCUUUUGUGCUAAGAGUUUGGCUGCUGAGCUCCUUGACUGGCUCACCCUGGGUUUGAUAGGUGCCAGAGCCAAGGGUAAGUGUGGGAAUGUGGCCAAAGGUGGAGGAAUGUGCUUUAGGAGCCCUUUCCUUCAGUUUAAC